AUGACUACUCCCAACGUUUUCGAUCUGUAUCAGGCUCAGGAGGAAGAAGAAGUUCCCCUGGUUCGACAGAAAUCAUCCAGGAGGCACAAUGGCGAAUCAAGCCAAGGACCCCUGGCCAAGAAGGGUCGAACAGAUGAUCCUUCCAAGGACAUGCCUUCUAGGCAAGCUUCUGCCCAGCCUUCUGCUCCUGCUGAGAAGGAGGCUCCACCCGCUGCUACGAAUCCCACGCCUGCAGUCACGAAAGAGCAGUCCCAGCAAGCCGAAGUUCCUGGGACCAAACUUUCACACCGCGCCUUGCAAUCAGCAAAGGAUCGCCUUGCACAUAUCCUGAAGCACGACCGUUGCAAGGAGGCGAUGGCUGAGGCGGAGAAUAUGGGGGCCAUGCUGACUGCAACUGCUGCGCGUACCCGCGCCAUUGCUAGCAUCGAGCAGUCUCGAGUGAAAGCUAUCGAGGGGGAUGGGGGUGACUAUGAUGAAGGCUAUUACGAGGAAGAUGAAGGGGAAUAUGAGGAUAACGAGGUUGAAAACCUCGUUGACCAUGAUGAGAAGGACAUGGAUCCUGUACAGGAAGAUCCAGAGGGGGUCCGCCUGAGGCAACAUGUCCUGGAUCAAGAAGCCAGGAUAGCUGAACAAAAAGAGGCUACCCGCCAAAUGCAAGAGUCCCUCCUAGCCUUUCAGGCCUUUAUUGUUGCCCAAGGAUUGGCAGCCAAUCCUCCUCCAGGAAUGCAACCGUCUGUUCCACCUAUCAGGACUGGCGGACCCAAUGACGCUAGCCCUAUUCCUCCUUUGGGACCAUCCCCGCAUCCCGGAGCUGGCUCGUCAAAUCUUGCUCAUGAGAAAGGAAAAGCCAAAAUGGUCGAUCUUGUGGGAAAAACAAACCCCCAAAAGAAAGCUCGUUCCAAAAACCGAGGCUAA